AUGCAAUUGAUGACAUCAGACAAUGCCGAAUGGAUUGACGCCAAUGGCGAUCAUGAGCUGAAGAAGGGUUCUGAAAGAUAUGGAUUAGACAGCAAUCUACAUCUAAUUCUUGAGCGGACAAUUUCAGUUCUCGAAAAUUUCGACGAAACUCACGGUAUUCUCAAAAAUUUCGAAUACUGCGAUCAGAGGCAGCGCUCGGUACUCAGAAGUAAGGAGAGUGCGGAACAGCCAGCAUACCAUCGAACAAUCGUGGGUGCGUUUCCGAACCGUAAUGAAAGGGAAGUGCAGAACGGAUUGAUAGCUGACACGGUGAUUUUCACCAGAGAAACACUUUGA